CAGCGGUCAUCUCGAGUUUUUCGUAGGCCAAUCGGAAAUUACUCAUGGGUUUCAUCUGAUUCUGAUUCCCAUGAUGAUGUCAAAAGGCGGUCAUCACCACCGCAUGAGCAAAUUUCCAAAACUCUCACCUCAACCACCACGACAAGAUGCCUCGCUCUGCAGAAACAGCCAGUUUCAAGUUCAACCACACGAUGCUUCGUGUCAAGGACCCCAAGGUCUCGCUUGACUUCUACACUCGAAUCAUUGGGAUGAAUCUUCUAACUGAGAAGAAGUUCUCCGACUUCACGCUUUAUUUCCUGGCAUUUGACGUGGAUAACAAAUUCGAUUCGUUGAACGAUGAGGAGAAAGCUAACGAGGCUCGGAGUAGGGAGGGUGUCCUGGAGCUCACCCAUAACCACGGCACAGAAAGCGACCCCAACUUCCAAGGAUACGCCAGUGGCAAUAGUGAUCCAGGAAAGGGAUUCGGUCACAUUGCUAUCGCCGUGGAUAACAUCCAGAAGGCGUGUGCGCGAUUCGAACAACUCGGUGUCCCGUUCAAGAAGAAACUCACAGAAGGAAAGAUGAAGAAUAUUGCUUUCAUGUUGGAUCCUGAUGGCUACUGGGUUGAAGUCGUUCCCAGCACCUUUGGUAGGGAUUGACUCAGCACGGGCACGGGAUCGGGAUCGAGAAUGUGAUUUCUGAAGAUGAUUAAACCUUACGAGUAUUGAAGCAAGAAACACUGUACAUUAUUGGUCGAAUUCACGAGGUCAUUGCGAUUUCCCAUGGUCGGUCAUUUCUUACGGGCA